AUGCGGCCAGAUGACGCCAACGUGGCUGGCAACGUCCACGGAGGAACCAUCCUGAAGAUGAUCGAGGAGGCGGGGGUCAUCAUCAGCACCCGGCACUGUAACAGCCAGAACGGCGAGCACUGUGUGGCUGCCCUGGCUCGGGUUGAGCGCACCGACUUCCUGUCGCCCAUGUGCAUCGGUGAGGUGGCGCACGUCAGCGCAGAGAUCACCUACACCUCCAAGCACUCGGUGGAAGUCCAGGUCAACGUGAUGUCUGAGAACAUCCUCACAGGUACCAAAAAGCUGACCAAUAAGGCCACCCUGUGGUAUGUGCCCCUGUCACUGAAGAACGUGGACAAGGUCCUGGAGGUGCCUCCGGUUGUGUACUCCCGGCAGGAGCAGGAGGAGGAGGGCCGCAGGCGAUAUGAGGCCCAGAAAAUGGAGCGCAUGGAGACUAAGUGGAGAAACGGCGACAUCGUCCAGCCCGUCCUGAAUCCAGAGCCGAACACUGUCAGCUACAGCCAGUCCAGCUUGAUCCACCUGGUGGGGCCUUCCGAAUGCACGUUGCAUGGCUUUGUGCAUGGAGGUGUCACCAUGAAGCUCAUGGAUGAGGUGGCUGGGAUCGUGGCCGCACGUCACUGCAAGACCAACAUAGUCACAGCUUCUGUGGACGCCAUUAACUUUCACGACAAGAUCAGAAAAGGCUUUGUCAUCACCAUCUCUGGGCGCAUGACCUUCACGAGCAAUAAGUCCAUGGAAAUCGAGGUUCUGGUGGAUGCCGACCCCGUGUUGGACAACUUGCAGAAGCGCUACCGGGCCGCCAGUGCCUUCUUCACCUACGUGUCCCUGAGCCAGGAGGGCAGGCCACUACCGGUGCCCCAACUCGUGCCUGAGACUGAGGACGAGAAGAGGCGCUUUGAGGAAGGCAAAGGGCGGUACCUGCAGAUGAAGGCGAAGCGACAGGGCCAAGCGGAGCCUCAGCCCUAGACGCCUCCUGCCGCUGGGCCAGGAGGAACCCCAGCACCUAACCACUUAGAAGUUACCCCCUUGGCCAAAAGCCCAAUUCACGUUGAGAGCUGGUGUUGUGUGCAGUAUUUGUCUCGCAGUGUUAACCUGUCUUCCUGAAAACUUGUACACCAAAGCUUUAUAUCAUUCCAGUGUAAGUGCUACACAGUAUUGUCCCUGACACCCGAGGCAUUCCCCAGGGCCCCGGGGAAUAUUCCACGUAUACUGUACUGUCUGAAAAGACUCCAGCAUCACUAAUAAAGCUGCUGUUUGGCUGGA